AUGUGGCUGUGUAUUCUCUUUCCUGUUCUCUUUGUCUGUGUUUCUGUGUCUGCUCUUUCUGGACCAAGAGCCUGGCUUUUGCCGAGGCAGAGGCAUCACUUUGACCGUCCUGGAGAUAUAAUAGUGGGGGGCAGCUUCUCCAUUCUUCACUUUUCUAAUGGUACCUUGUCUGACUUCACUGCCCCACCAUCUGGACUGCUGGCUUCAGACGUUUCCAAGUGGGGCUACUGCGUGGCCCAGAGUUUCAUCUUUGCUAUCAAGGAGAUUAAUAGGAGUGCUCACUUGUUGCCCAAUUUGACUCUGGGCUUCUCCAUUCGAAACUCUGGGGACUCAGUGCAUGGAGCCCUCCAUGAGACAAUGAGCUUUCUCUCAAGGCAGGAGGAGCCCAUCCCCAACUAUACCUGCCAGCAUGGCUCUCCUCAGGCUGCUCUGGUUGGGGACACACGGUCAUCCCUGUCUGUCUCCAUGGCCAGACUUCUGGGGCUGUACAAGUUUCCCCAGGUGAGUUACUCAAGCCUUCUUCCAUGGGUUUUCCCCUGUCCUAUGAAGAUGCAAAAAUGCACAGCCAGGGUUGUUCUGGUUUUUCUAAGCAAUGCAAAUUUCCAGCUUUUUCUGUAUAGGUUACUGGGUGUUCCUGUUUCAGGCCAGGUCUGGGUCAGCAAGGACACUAUGCACAUGUCACUUGCCCUGUCUAUUCCAGGUAUUGCCGGCACAUUUGGCCUUCUGUAUCACAGCAGCAGUGCUACUGGUUUCCCAGGAUUCCUUGCUAACUUAUGCCCCAGCCAGACCCCAGAAUACAAGUUUAUAAAGAAGUUUUGGGGGUUCACCUUUGAUUGCACAUGGCCCCACCAGAGCAGCACAGUGACAGAGGAUGUCUAGCUGUGCUCAGGGAAUGAGAGUCUGGUAAACCAGCAGUAUUCUUUCCCAGAAGUGAGUAAAAUUGAUGCAGCUUACACAGCUGUCUACAGCAUUGCCCAUGCCCUGCACGACGUGAUAACCAGUGGACAGCAGGAUGGGAAAAGUACAGAUUCCCAGGACUUCCAGCCCUGGCAGCUGCUUUGUGCCCUCAGGAAGGUACACUUUAAGACUCCUGAUGGAAGCAAGAUUAUGUUUGAUGACAAUGGAGACUUGGUGACAAAAUUUGAGAUUUUCCAGGGACAGAAGACUCUCGAGGGUGUUUUUCAUUUGGUCCAUGUAGGCAUGAUAGACCCUCAAGUCUCUUCAGGGAACAAAAUGAUGGUCCAUUUGAUGCAGGAUCUCCAAGUGCCCACCUCUGUCUGCAGUGAAAGCUGCCUUCCAGAGUUCAGCCAAGUGCCCAGGUUGGGAGCGCCCCAAAGCUGUUUUGAUUGCAGUCCCUGCCCCGAGGGACAGUUUGCAGACAAAAAAGACAUGAAGAGAUGUCUCCUGUGCCCCAAGGAACAGUACACGAGCCACACCAGAGACUGCUGCCUGCCCAGGACAGAGAUCUUCCUGGCCUUUGAGGAACCUCUGGGAUUCAUGCUGGCUUUGGUGGCACUCUUCCUGGCUGGUCUGGCUGUCCUGGUUCUGGGAGUUUUCCUGAAGCACAGGGACAGCCCCGUGGUCAGGGCCAACAACAGAACCCUCAGCUACUUCCUGCUGAUCUCCCUUUCCCUCUGUGCCCUGUGUGCCUUGCUGUUCCUUGGCCGCCCCAGUGUCCUCACGUGUCUCCUGCGCCAGACGACCUUUGCUGUGGUGUUCAUGGUGGCCGUCUCCUCUGUUCUGGCCAAGACUCUCACAGUGGUCCUGGCCUUCAGGGUCACCAGGCCAGGGGCCAGGAUCCAGGUGUGCCUGAGCCCUGGGGCUUCCACCUCAGUGGUCCUCAUUGCUUCCUUCAUGCAGGUUGUUCUUUGUGGGGUCUGGCUGGCCACCUCCCCACCAUUCCCAGACAGGGAUAUGGUCUCGGAGCCCCAGCACAUUGUCAUCCAGUGCCAGGAGGGCUCUGGCACCAUCUUCUUCUGUGUGCUGGGCUACUUGGGGUUCCUGGCAGGGGGUACCUUCUCUGUGGCUUUUCUGGCCCGGGGCCUGCCGGAUGUCUUCAACGAGACUAAGUUCCUGGCCUUCAGCAUGCUGCUCUUCUACAGUGUCUGGACAGCGUUCCUGCCCCUGUACCACAGUGCCCGGGGCAAGUCCACUGUGGCUGUAGAGAUCUUCUCCAUCCUGGCCUCCACAGUUGGCCUUCUGGGUGGCAUCUUCAUCCCCAAGUGUUACAUCAUCUUGCUGAGACCAGAGAGGAACACGCCUCCCUGGCUAAGGCGACACAAGGCACAGCAAAAUAGGCAGAGUGAGAUGCUCCAGAGAAGGUGUCUCCCCAGGUCUGCACCACAAGGAUUCAUGACCUAG